AUGAUAAUUCAAACGUCUCUAUUAAUGAUAAUUCAGAAAGUUGUUUUGAGAAUUCUACAAAAACCUUUUAUAUUCAAAAUGCAAAAAUAAUUUUUCAUUAAAUGUCACUCCAAAUAGCAAGCAGAAUUAAAAUUAGUUAUGACUAUCAUUCAGUAAAUAAUAAAAAAGUCAACUGAUUUAGAUGAUUAGAUUCACAAAGAUGAUGUGUUUCUGGAUGAAAAACUGUAUUAGAAAAAAGAAGCUAUUUUGAACUCUUUGUAAGUUGUGUUAUUUUAAUUGAGAUAUAUUCCUUAAGAUUUCAACAGUUACUAUUAGUUCUAAUGA